AUGGCAGUGUCCACGUGGCCGGACAUCUCUCACCUCUCCGUCUCAAGGCCGGAGCUGAUCAGUGAGUGGCCUCAGAAGAUUAAAGCACCCGACUCUUUCCGGAACCCUUGUUUCUGGUGCGACUUCCACCGAGACCACGGUCACAAAACAGAGGACUGCGUCGCACUAAAGAUCAAGGUCAACGAACUGCUUAAGAAAGGACACCUCAUGGAGUUCCUUUUCGAGAAGGCUAAGAGCCAUCUAAGCAAGGAAACAACGGGUAAGCCCACUGAAGCUACUCCCGUCUCGCCACCGCGACAUGACCGAGUGAUCCAUGUCAUAUCGGGCGGUUUGGAAAUCAGCGGCAUAAGCCAUACAGCCGCGAAGAAAAGCACCUGGAACGCUAAGCACGACCUAGAGGCAGCUGAGCCAAAACGCCUGCUCCUAGGAACGGACGAAAUAAGCUUCACGGCCAAGGAGCAGGAGAAAGUUCUCACUCCGCAUCACGACGCCCUGGUCAUAUCGCUCACUGUAGCGAACUGCCUGGUAAAAAAGAUACUGGUAGAUAAUGGAAGCUCCGGCAACACCAUCUUCCAGGCCGCAAACAAAGACCUGGGGCUGGAGGAAAGCGCUCUAACACGGAGGAUAACCCCCUCAUAG